UCCAUUCUCUGGUUUUACGGCCAGGGAUCUCAUAAAAACCCUAUUUUUUUGUACGUGAGUUUUCUCUCUCUCUCUGCCGCCGCCGCCGCCAUGGAAGAAGUGGGAGAAGGUAAGGAUUUCUCGUUCCCUCGAGAGGAAGAGAAAGUCCUGUCAUUCUGGAAUCAGAUCGAUGCGUUCAAGACGCAGCUGAAACGAACGGAGCAUCUCCCGGAGUUCAUCUUCUACGACGGGCCUCCUUUCGCCACCGGUCUUCCUCACUACGGUCACAUCCUCGCCAGUACCCUUAAGGACAUCGUAACUCGCUACCAGACGAUGACCGGCCACCACGUCACGCGUCGCUUCGGGUGGGACUGUCACGGCCUCCCCAUCGAGACCGAGAUUGAAAAGAAGCUCGGUAUUACGAGGAGAGCCCAAGUGGUUGAGAUGGGGAUUGAUAAAUAUAACGAAGAGUGUAGGAGCGUUGUGACUACCUUUGUGGAAGGGUGGGAGGAGGUUAUUACUAGAAGUGGGCGUUGGAUUGAUUUCAAGGAGGACUACAAGACCAUGGAUCUCAACUUUAUGGAGAGUGUUUGGUGGGUUUUUGCUCAGCUUUUUGAUAAGAAUCUUGUCUACAAAGGCUUCAAGGUUAUGCCUUUUAGUACUGGUCUCAAGACACCACUAUCUAAUUCCGAAGCUAAGUACAAGUGCAAGGAAGUUUCGGAUCCUGAUGCUAUGGUGACGUUCCCUGUUAUUGGCGAUGAAGAUAACGCUGCUUUUGUGGCGUGGACUACUACUCCAUGGAAUCUUCCUUGCAAUCUUGCUUUGUGUGUCAAUGCCAAGUUUGUUUAUCUCAAGGUUCGUAACAAGCACAAUGGGAGUGUCUACAUCGUUGCUGAAUCUCGCCUUUCAGCUCUUCCCGCUAAUGCUGAUACCAAGAAAGCCAAAGCCAAAGGUGGUGCUGCGGCUGAUUCUUAUGAAGUUUUGGACACAUUUGAUGGAGCUUCUCUGGUUGGGAAGAAGUACGAGCCUCUGUUUGACUACUUCAGUGAUUUCUCAAGCGUGGCCUUUCGAGUUGUAGCAGAUAAUUAUGUCAAGGAUGACAGUGGUACUGGCAUCGUCCACUUGGCUCCCGCCUUUGGUGAUGAUGACUACCGUGUUUGUCUUGACAACAACAUCAUUGAAAAGGGUGAGGGUCUAGUCGUGGCUGUUGAUGAAGAUGGGUUGUUUACUGAGAGAAUUACCCAUUUCUUUGGCCGGUAUGUCAGAGAUGCAGAGAAAGAUGUAAUUGAAGCCGUGAAGGCCAAAGGCAGACUUGUUAAAACUGGGAGCUUUACUCACAAAAAUCCAUUUUGCUAUCGAACAGACACUCCUCUCAUAAAUAGAGCCGGUCCCGCUUGGUUUGUGCGGGUGGACGAGCAGUUGAAGGAACAGUUGUUAAAAAACAAUGAUCAGACAUACUGGGUACCUGAUCAUGUGAAGGAUAAUCGCUUUCGCAAUUGGCUUGAAGACGCAAGGGAUUGGUGCAUUAGCCGAAGUAGAUUUUGGGGAACGCCUCUACCAAUAUGGAUCAGUGAUGAUGGUGAGGAAGUUGUUGUCAUGGAUUCUGUCGACAAGCUUGAGAAGCUCUCCGGUGUCAAGGUCUUUGAUCUACAUCGUCACCAUAUUGAUCAAAUUACAAUCCCAUCUUGUCGUGGGCCUGAGUUUGGUGUGCUCCGUCGUGUAGAAGACGUUUUUGAUUGUUGGUUUGAGAGUGGGUCAAUGCCUUACGCGUACAUCCAUUAUCCUUUUGAAAACAAGGAGCUUUUUGAGAAGAACUUCCCUGGUGAUUUUGUGGCUGAAGGGAUUGAUCAAACUCGUGGAUGGUUUUAUCAUCUUUUGUUGCUGUCGACUGCACUAUUUGGAAAGCCAGCAUUUCGAAAUCUGAUUUGCAAUGGUAUUGUGCUUGAUGAGAAUGGAAAAAAGAUGAGUAAGAGUGAAAAGAAUUAUCCACCUCCUACGGAAGUCAUAGAUGAGUAUGGAGCUGAUUCUGUGCGAUUGUACCUCAUAAACUCUCCAAUCGUACGCGCUGAGUCACUACGCUUCAGAAAGGAAGGAGUAAUUGGUGUUGUCAAAAAUGUAUUUCUUCCAUGGUACAAUGCAUACAGAUUCCUUGUUCAGAAUGCAAAGAGACUUGAGAUUGACGGUUCUGGACCGUUUGUUCCUACUGAUGUAGCAACUUUACGGUCAUCAAACGUUCUCGAUCAGUGGAUUCACUCAGCUACCCAGAGUCUUGUUUGUUUUGUCCGCCAGGAGAUGGAUGGUUACCGGCUUUAUAAUGUUGUUCCUUAUCUUUUGAAGUUCCUCGACAAUCUCACUAACAUAUAUGUUAGAUUCAACCGCAAGAGGUUAAAAGGCCGUACAGGAGAAGAUGAUUGUCACAUUGCUCUUUCAACUCUAUACAAUGUGCUCCUCACUUCUUGCAAAGUGAUGACCCCUUUUACACCUUUCUUCACUGAGACGUUAUACCAGAAUCUGCGGAAAGCAUGUGAAGGUUCUGAGGAAAGCAUCCAUUACUGCAGUUUUCCGGAAGCGGACAAAACGAGAGUGGAGAGGAGGAUUGAGCAAAGUGUUACAAGGAUGAUGACAGUCACUGAUCUUGCUCGGAACAUUCGUGAGCGUCACAAGCUACCCUUGAAAACUCCUCUAAAGGAAAUCACUGUAGUUCAUCCAGAUGCAGAAUUCUUGGAUGACAUCACUGGAAAACUAAGAGAGUAUGUCUUGGAAGAACUUAAUGUAAGAUCUCUUGUGACAUGCAAUGAUACUCUGAAGUAUGCGUCACUAAAAGCAGAACCAGAUUUCAGUGUAUUGGGAAAACGGCUUGGGAAGUCAAUGGGGCUCGUGGCAAAAGAAGUUAGAGAAAUGUCUCAGCAAGAUAUCUUAAGAUUCGAGGAGGCCGGAAAAGUGACUAUUGCUGGACACACGCUGGAGCUAACAGAUAUCAAGAUUGUCAGGGUUUUCAAACGCCCGGAUGGUUUGAAAGAGACGGAGAUUGAUGCAAAUGGAGAUGGUGAUGUUUUGGUGCUUUUGGAUCUACGACCUGAUGAUUCGUUGUAUGAAGCAGGUGUUGCUCGUGAGAUUGUCAAUAGGGUCCAAAAACUAAGGAAGAAGUCAGGUCUGGAACCAACAGACUUCGUGGAAGUUUACAUUGAAUCAUUGGA